CUGAUGCGGUAGCAUCCCCUUUUUAGCAGCUUGUAAUCCGAACCCCGCGGGCGGCGGAGUCAACAUAUAGCCCAAGCCUGCCGUUACCAUGCCGGUAGGACAGCAACUAAAUGAAAGACAUCGGGACUAACCAAGGAAGGAGAGGAGAUUAACCAGGAGUCCAGCAUCAGUCACACCUGAUCACAGGCUGCUGGGAUCACGAAGGGCUGUUUUCUUAUUUCUGCGCAGGAUGCAUCAGUCGCACGCCCGCUGCUCCUGAAUUUCAGGCUGAAGAAAAUGAGCUGACAGACAGCUAUUUUUGGACACUGCUGUUAGUAGCUAGCAGGCGCGUUGUUUUGAAUAGAAAAUGACUGCAUUUAUUUGAAAAGGAAAGAAACAAUGGUUGCAUCACUUUCUUUUCUGUUAGAGGAACGGAUUGCCUGGCCUGUGUAUGAGGGAGUGAAAUGCGACGGAGUUGUAUAGCCUACUCUGACCCAAGUGAACGAAACCAGCGUGUGCGGUUUAUAUUUUACACAAAGAAUGAACUCGUAUUUUUAUGGUGAUAAUUUGCCGGCCAGCAUGAUAGCAACAAUUCCAGUCAGCGGUGCCUCCACUUCUGGGUCGGGUGCGGUGACAAGUGCCCUGCGGAACGAUCUGGGCUCCAAUAUCCACGUCCUGAAGACGCUCAACCUGAGGUUCCGCUGCUUCCUCGCCAAAGUCCAUGAACUGGAGAGAAGAAAUAAAUUACUGGAGAACCAGUUACAAGAGGCACUGGAGCAGUCGCGUUACCAGGGUUACUUUUCUCGUGAGGUGGGCGUUCAGACGGAUUCACUGGAGUCCCGACUCCCGGGGACCAUCUGGAGUUUCACACACGUGAGGAGACAGGGCGAGCGUUUGGAAACUCUUCAGGGCCCCGGCGUGUCGUGGAACCAUCCGGACGGGGUUGGGGUCCAGAUUGACACCAUCACCCCAGAACUCAGAGCGCUGUACAAUGUUCUGGCCAAAGUCAAACGGGAAAGAGACGACUACAAGAGAAAAUGGGAGGAGGAGCUGUCUAUACGAGAGCAGAUGGAGUCUAUGGUGGAGACGCUGCAGGAGAGUGCCCAGGAGUCUGAGGUGAUCCAAGACGAGCUCAGUGAGAAGGUGGACAGACUGAAAGCUGAGCUGGUGGUCUUUAAAAGUCUUGUUAGUGACGGUGUCAGUCAUCUGGGCUUGCAGCCCAAACCUGCCGAGUCGCGCUGGAAGCUGCUGGACCUUAAACAAAUGUCAGAGCUGGACACGAAGAUCCAGGAGAAAGCCAUGAAGGUGGACAUGGACAUCUGCCGACGCAUAGAUAUAACAGCCAAGCUCUGUGACGUGGCCCAGCAGAGGAACUCCGAGGACAUGUCCCUCAUGUUCAACGUCAGCCCGUCCAGAACACUGCCAGACAGGGGGGCAGUAGCAUGCAGAAGGAAGGAGCGUAAGGUGACGUCAGACGAGGAGAGUUCUGAGAUGGACGCUGAUCCUAGCACAUCAGAGGAGGAGGUGCCCGGCUCCCUCAACAUCACAGACGAGAUGAAACGCAUGCUCAACCAGCUCCAUUGCUCUGACACCUCCCUUAUUGCCAGGAAAGAGACGUUCGACAUCGACGACGACGACUGUGACAGUCUGACGUGGGAGGAGAACGAGGAGACCCUGCUGCUGUGGGAGGACUUCACCAACUACAACGUGCCGUAUGCCUUCAACAACAACAACAACAACCCCGGCACAGUGGAGAGCCUCGGGGAGAGCGGAGAGCCUGUGUCCCAGGAGGGGAGUUUGGGCAGCCUGAUCGACGAGACCGAGACUCUGUUCAAGAACAGAGAGCAGGAGUACCAGAAGACCAUUGGAGAGAUUGAGGAGGAGUUGGCCACGGCUAAGUCAGACAUGAACAGACACCUGCAUGAGUACAUGGAGAUGUGCAGCAUGAAGAGAGGCCUGGAUGUGCAGAUGGAGACCUGCAGGAGGAUGAUCAAGGGGGGCAGAAACUCUCCUUCCGUCAGCUCAGUGGCCAGCAGUGACUCAGGGAACACUGAUGAGAUCCAGGACGAGUUGGAAAAGGACGGCGAAGUGGAGGGACCAGUCAGCUGAUUCCAGCUGCAUCUGGCCCCGCCCACCCCUCCUCACACAAGGACAGCCAGCCAAUGAGCUUCUUUUUUGGCUCCUGGGCAACCCAGCGUUCCGCUGGUGGCCUCUACCAAUCCCAGGCCACGGCCAUAUGACGGACAGGUCUCGACCCGACCCACCACACAAAGAAUUGGUGCUUAAAAAAUCUCCACUCCAGCGGAGAGUGGUGGUGAGGAGGGGUGUGUUUUUUAUGCCCCCUUUUGCUUCUCGAGUGUUUAAUGUAACAAAACGUAGAACCGUUAAAAGCUGCACGCGUCACGUCGUGUCACGCUGUGUCGUGACCGUGUUUCCUGAUCUGCCAGCCACCCCCACUGGGCUCCACACUGACCUCACAGAGCCAACACACCCCCAUAUACCUGUCAAUCAAAACCACCUGCCAAUCAAAGCUAGUCCUCUUCAGACUUCAUGAUAAAAGUACCCUCUCCACUCUGAAAUCACAGUACAGUGCUCAAACACCCAGAUAGCUACUAGGGUUGCUUUCACACCUACCUUGUUUGGCCUGGACCUUCAGACCUUUCAGUUUGGUCUGGACCUUCAAUAGCAGGUAUGAAAGGGCCCUUGGCCAUGAUACCGCGGUACACACCCAAAUAUCAAAAUCUGGUUUGACCCUCUACUUUGACCCUCUAAUGACAGACAACUACUCAUCAAGCACUACACUACUCAAACAACAGGCACAGAACUUACUAGCACAGUAAAAGAACAGCUCUGCUUUCUGAACGGUGGUGCAUGGGACAGAUCAGCUCAGACAUUGUUUCCACUUUCACCAAGAAAAUGCAAUGGCUGACACUGGUAUGGCCCUAGUCUUGGUCUCCUGUUGAUCCAGAGCAGAGCCAGGCCAGAGUGGUUUACUGUGUGCCCCCUCAUGUUCCCCCUCUGUCAGGUCUCAAUGGGAGCUGGGUGGUGUGUGUGUGUGUGUGUGUGUGUGUGUGUGUGUGUGUGUGUGUGUGUGUGUGUGUGUGUGUGUGUGUGUGUGUGUGUGUGUGUGUGUGUGUGUGUGUGCAGAACAGUGUAGGUUCUGCCCAAGGAAUGCUCUGUUCAAAAGUUCUAUGCAAUCGGAUAGCCUUAUUUCAGGACAGAUGGUUUCGUUAUUUGCCUUUGAUUAGCUGGACAGAUGUGUGUACCUGUUCAACAUUGUGUGUCUGUGUGAGGACAGCAAGUAUGGAACAGUGCCCCCCCCACAACACACACACACACACACACACACGCAUACAGAGACAAUGUUACUCACCACAUAAAAUAUCAAAUUAUUCAGUUAUAUUCAGGUACAGAGCUAAGAAAACCAGUAGCAAUGAUCUCCCAACUGAACCAAGUCAUACAUUUCCAUAUUUACAAGCCCAUCAAAUCUCAGCCACUCUGAGACAGGAUCUGUGACAGGAUCCUAUGCAUUGGAAUGUAAUAAAUGGACUUACACUAAUCUUUAAAAUACAGAAUGUCUUACGUAGGUCUAUUGUGGCUGUAAAGAGUUUACCUGUCUGAGUUCACAUAUUUGUUUCAUUAUACGUCAAAUCAGUGUUAGCCUUACAACACUGUUAGUGGGCUAACAUAAUCAACCAUUUAAGUUGUAUCAUUAUGACCAGCAGGGGGCAUUGUUUCAUACUGAUGGCCGUCCUUUGAGGUGUUAUACUGUUGAGUGCAGGGCGCUAUUAAAUGUAUAUAGAAGUCUUUGGCAUGUCAUACCUUAGUGGCCUUUCAGUUCAUUCAGUAUGAUUUAUCACUAUGAUAAUCACUGUGUUCUGUGUUUGUUUGAUUGCAUUUAAUCUCUUGGUUGUUUUUGGUUGCUUUAGAAUUUUGAUGCAUAGUUGACAGGUAAACUGGCAAAGCAUGGGGUAACAAGGAAUAUUUUAGCUUGAUGUAAGAUAACAGGAUCUCCGUCAGAGAUUGAGAGUCAAUGAUAUAUGUAUAAAAAGGCUCUGAAAUUCCCUCUUUUCAUUUUCAAGAUGCACAAUAUAUUUACCCUAUACACUGUCUUUUUAGUGAACUCUGGGCUCUACCCUAAUCCACUCUGAUUAUUUGUCAUAUAAAGGGGUUUUAUUUCAUUUGUUUUUGAUGUGUUUAUGUUUGUUUUGGAGCAGUGUGUAAAAUGAAACUCUGCUCUCCAAAUGUUUUCUCUGAUGUGUUAUCCUCUCUGAGAGUAUUGUUGAUUAUGGAUGAGCUGAGGGCACAUGUAGAGCUAAAUGGAAGUGCUCUUGGAGAAUUGUGUAUAAUGAUUGAUUUGACUUUCAAGUCUUACAUAUGGAUGUUAGUAAGAUAAUUCUAUGAUUUGUCAUAGUAUACAGUUUUUCUCCACAUGUCCAUAGCAAGACAUAAUCUGGUAAUCUGGUCACACACACACACACACACACACACACGCACACACGCACACUCCAAAUAAAGGCAAAGCCAGCAUUCAGUACUUUUGAGAAACAUUCAGAAAUUCAGUAUUUCAGAAACCAAGAUCAGCGAGUCCUCCUUAAAGGUUUUGUCCCAGAAUUUGAGCUACCCAAAGAUGUUCUUACUAAAGUUAGGUUAACUCAGAGAUCUUGCUUUGUGGAACAUCCCCCAAUUUCAUCACAAGCUUUUGGCAUAGUGUUACAAUGAGAGGCGUGUCGAGAUUGAAGUUUGACUGAACUAAGUGUUUCUCCCAGAGACAGCGGCUGCAAGAACUCAGAGCACGAAUUGUUCAUAAAUAUAAGUAUAUAAGUAUAUAUACAUAAAUUACUAUAUAUUUUUUGUGAUAAAAGAAACCAAACUACAGCAAAGAGACAAAUUGACAAGAAAGAAUGUUUCCUAAAACACGAUUGUAAUUAUGUGACAUGGUGUAUUGAGAAAAGUGACACAUGAAAAAUAUAGAGUCCUCUGUAGGAUGUAUUAACAAGUGCUAUGUGUUCCACUGGACUAUCAAGAUCAUGGAUGGACGGAUGUGUUUAGGGGCCUUUAGUGCUGGACAUUCAGACCAUUGCAUAGCACAAUUAAAGCAAGUGUGUAGAAUGAUAAACAUUGUAUCUGUUUAAGAUUUGAUUUGUUUGUGAUGGGAAAUGUAAGUCUUUGCAGGAGAGUAAACUGGAUUCAUGUUUUGUUGAAAUACAGUAGUGCUACAGAGGUCUGUAAAAUCCUUUAGUAGGAUAUUUUCAUACAUGUUGCUGCUGGACAAAGAAUAAACCCAUAUUGUCAUUUCUCAAUGUGGAAACUCCUGAAGAAAGUCACUCUUGUCGGUCAUCCUGACUAGCCUGCAUGAGGUGGCAAGGCAACCAUCCCUAUAUUUUUUAUCAAUUUUUUUUUUUUUCCCCAUACUUUGUAAGACUUGUGAAUCAGAUUUUUUGUAAAUGACUGCAUGAGAUCCGUGGUACAGAGACACCAGAUCUACCAUGAAUGAGAGAAGUGUAUUCACAAUGUGUACAUCUUUCAGCUGAAUGUACUGUACUAUAAAUCCACACAAGAGGGUGUUUGGAAACACACACAGGCCCACUCACACAUAUGCUGCUCAGUGCAUUUUCAGCACAGCUAUUCUCUUAAGCCGCCAUAGUACCCUGUCGUGUCAUGCUUUGAGAGUGAAGUUCCUGGAGUGGAUCACCAGGGCUUCUUGUCCCCACUGAUUAUCCUGAGUGACUACACAGUGUGCCAUAUCCAGAGGGUUGUGUGGGUAGAGACUGCUGAACGCCCACACACACCUUCUGCAGUGGGCUUGGGAUGUGCUAAAAUCCAGGCAAGAGCAUACAGAUCUGGGUGACACUUUAUUUGGAUGGUUCCCAGACUUUCUAGCUUGCUGUUGAAACUCUGUUGACUACAAUUUGUGAACAAAGUUCCGUUUUCUCAAGGUACUCAAGGUAUAUCCAGUGAACAAUGAGAAAGAAUGAACUUGAAAUUCAACAAACCUGGCUGUACAGUCUGUGCAGGCAAACUGUCUUAAUAAAGUAGGCUACCCAGAUCUGACCUGCAGUCACCAGUUAUCCGGCGUGUUUUUCUCUCACUGGUUUCCCAUGCAAACUCCAGAAAGUGGUGGUGGUCUUUGCGUCACUUACUCAAAUAUUUUGGCUCAAAGAGUUUUGUCAGAAAAUAUGUAUAUGUAUUUGGACAAUUUCUUUGUAGAAACCAUUGUACAAAUUGUUUCUGAGACAAAUGACUACCAUUUGCAUUUGUUUUAUGUUGGGGAGAAGGGUAUAUAGAAGAUGAAUGUAUCUGGUGUUUGGUUAAA